UCCACUGUUUACGUUUGUUUUGGCGCGUUUUCAGCUGUGCGUCGUUUUAAACCUAAGAAAGUCGGGAAUCACACAACACAAAUGCCGGAAGCAGAUGCGGAACUGGUCAGAACCAGGAGCUUCCUGAAGGAGCGCCUGCAGCGGGACUACACCACUUUGAGGGGUUACCCGGAGGAGCGGUCCAACGUUCGCCAACUGCUGCAACGCACUGCAGAAAUGGGGGAAUCCAACUCGCUGCUGCUGAUCGGACCUCGCGGAUCUGGGAAGACCACGCUCAUCAAUGCCGUGCUGGCGGAUCUGCUGGCCAACAAAUCGUUUGUGGAGAAUACUCUGAUCGUGCACCUGGACGGAAACCUGCACACCGACGACCGAGUGGCCCUCAAGUCCAUUACCGUGCAGAUGCAACUGGAGAACGCUGCGGACGGUCGGGUGUUUGGGUCCUUCGCCGAGAACCUAGCCUUCUUGCUGCAGUGUCUCAAGGCGGGCGGCAAGCAAUCCAAAAGCGUGGUCUUUAUCCUCGAGGAGUUCGACUUGUUCUGCGCUCACCAUAACCAAACGUUGCUCUACAACCUCUUCGACGUCUCCCAGUCCGCUCAGGCUCCCAUCUGCGUGUUGGGCGUUACCUGCCGGCUGGACGUGAUUGAGUUAUUGGAGAAACGGGUAAAAUCGCGAUUCUCGCACAGGCAGGUCUUCCUGUUUCCUAGCUCUGAGCGUUUCGAGGAGUACGUGGAGCUGUGCCAAGAUCUGCUGUCACUCCCGAGCGGUAGUUCACUUCUGGUAGCGGCGGAACGUGUCGAUAAUCUGCAAAAGAUCCGAUCCGCUGCCCUCUGCUUCGCCAACAAUCAUUUCGAUCCUGGAGAUCACAGCUUCCCACCCAGAGUUCGCGAAAACUGGAACAAGCAAGUGGUCAAAGUGCUCGCCACUCAACAAGCCAGACGCACCCUGCAAGCGCUCUACGCCUUCGACAUCAGCGAAGCCUUCCUCAAAAGCUUCCUGUUCCGCUUAGUGGCCCAACUCCGUCCACAAUCCCCUCUCAUCACCGCCGAAAAAAUUGCUGCCUUAGGAGCACAGUUCGAAGCUGACGACAAGGUUGAUCUACUCUGCGGGCUCUCCGUACUGGAGCUGUGCCUAAUCAUCGCCAUCAAACACCACUCGGAGAUCUAUGACCGCGAUCCCUUCAACUUCGAGAUUAUCUUUGCCCGAUUCUCCAAGUUCGCCAAGGUAUCCAGCACGAUGCAGGGUGUGGAGCGGUCAGUCGUUCUGAAAGCCUUCGAGCAUUUGCGUAUUGCGGAGCUAAUCAUGCCGCUCUCUGGGGGAGGAGUUGGCGGCAAGGUGCAGAAGGAGUUCGAGAUGCACAAGUUGGCGCUGACCUACGGGCAGAUUCAGCAGGCGGUGCAACGAUACCAGGCACUGCCCACCGAGGUGGCCCAGUGGGCGCAAAGCUCGCUGAUCUAGAAGUUAAGUAAAUUCCAUAAUUGUUUUAUUUAUUUAUUUUUGUAAUAAAGUUGAAAUUGAAAUGAA